UCUUCUUGGGCUUUUCUUUACAUUUUUAACCAACCAAGUAGGCCCUAAGUUUUGGAAGGUGCUUAUAAUAAACGAUUGUUGAGUAAUAAAUGCAUUGUAAGGAGAUCGGAGAACUAAUUAACGAAGUAGAUGGAUUUGUGAGCAGAUUAAUUACACAGUUGCCACGGAAGCUGACUUCUCAGCCCAAUAACCAGUAAUAUGGGUCCAGCCCACGAGCCACCAGGUCCAGUGGUAGGAGGGAAACUGGAUAAAUAAAGAAUUUUAAAUAAGCAUUCCUAAAAACUUCCAACAAAAAACUCCCCAGCAUUCGAUUGAAGUUUUGCUGGGUAAACAAAAAUUCCCAACAUAAAUCAACCAGCACGGAUUUCAUUUUCUUUGAUGAUUUUAAGCAGUAAAUACUCACUAGCGCAUGUUUAAUGCGGCCCGUUUUUGCCGCCAACACUUUCAAAUUAAGCACCCAGUACGCAGUUUUCUCAGCUCAGCAUGCCAACUGUUCGAUGAAAUUCCCAGCAGAGAAAACCUCUUUGAAUUCACCGACUCCGCACUCGGUACCCAGAAACAGUCGGGGUACGGCAUCUCUCAAUCAUGUAAAGCUUGCUCGCCUUGUCAUCAGUUUCAUUGUAGAAUACGAUAUUCUUACCGGAAAGCAAAUACAUUCCCUGGUCACAAAAUGUGGGUUCUCUUCAGACCCUUUUAUCUCUACCUCUCUCAUCGAUAAAUAUUCAAAAUAUGGUCUCCUCGAAGAAGCUCGUUCAUUAUUCGAUGACAUCUCUUUGAAAGACUUGGUUUUAUGGAAUGUGAUGAUCUCUUGCUACUCUUGGAACAGGCUCGAGAAAGAAGCUUUCUUGCUAUUCAAAUCGAUGAGGGUUGCAGGUUAUGUAUGUGAUGAGUUCACCUUUAGUAGCCUGUUGAGUUCUUGCAGCUCACUGCAAUGUAAAUCCUUCGGAAAGCAGACACAUGGGCUAGUGAUCAAGUUAGCUUCCGAUUCGGAUACCUUCGUUACUACUGCAAUUAUCGAUAUGUACAUGAAAUGUGGGUGCAUUGAAGAUGCUCGUAAAGCAUUCAACAUUGCAAGCAAAAGAAGUACAGUCUUAUGGAAUGCAAUGAUUAUCGGCUAUGGACAAAAUGGAGAUGGAAAAGAGGCAAUGAAACUUCUUAGUCAAAUGAUUCGAGGAGGUCAAAAACCUGAUGAGCUCACACUUUCAAGUGUCCUGAGCUCUUCCGCAGAUUCAGCAAUGGCUAAUGAAGCUGCCCAACUUCAUAACUAUGUCAUGAAAAAUGGAUUUUGGAGCUUUCUGUCAAUAGGUAACGCUCUCAUUGUAGCAUAUGCUAAAAUUGGGAGAAUUUAUAAUGCCUUACGAGUUUUUCAUUCAAUAUGCAAGCCUGAUUUAGUUUCUUGGACUUCAAUGGUUACUUCUUACGCAUACCAUGGCCUUGCUAUAGAAGCAAUAGAUACAUUCGAGAGAAUGAUUCGUGAAGGAAUAAACCCUGAUAAAAUCGCUUUCUUAGGAGUUUUAUCGGCUUGUUGCCAUGCUGGAUUACUCGAAAAAGGACUACAUCACUUUGCUUCUAUGAAAGAUGGGUAUCAAAUUGAGCCUAGCUUAGAGCAUUACACUUGUUUAGUUGAUCUCCUUGGGAGAAAAGGGCAACUUAGUGAAGCUUAUAAAGUCAUCAUCAAUAUGCCUUUUGAACCUAAUGGAGAUAUUCUCAGAGCAUUUCUUGGUGCAUGUAAGGUCCACGGUGAUAUUGGGAAGGCAAAAUGGGCAGCGGAUAGGAUUUUGAGCGUUGAAGCGAAUGAGGCAGCGAAUUAUAAGAUUAUGUCCAAUAUGUAUGCAGGUUUAGGAUCUUGGGGCGACGUGGCGAGGCUGAGGAAGAUGAUGAGAGAUAGGUGUGGUGAGAAGGCAAUAGGAUGUAGUCGGAUUGAGAAUGGCGGAAGAGUUCAUACAUUUGUUUCUAAUGAUGAAUCACAUCCCCAAUCUUCGGAGAUUUGUUGUAUGUUGAGAAUGCUUCUUAGAGUAAUGAAGGACGCAGAUCUUUAGAGAUACUGGAGACAGUUUGAAUGGCUAAAACAAAAAUGCAUUCUA